CAGAGGAGAUACACAUGGAGUAAGAGGGGAGCGAUAAGGAGGAGAGAGAGAGUUGAUACCUCCGCUAAUUAGACUUCAACAGACCUGGAGUGGAUCAUCUAUUGACUCAGAGCACAGCAGUGAGGGUGCAGCAGGUGGAGGUUUGAGGAGAACCGUCUACGGUGGCCGAGGAACGCCACUGCUGCAAAAAAAAAGAAGUCUCAAUGGAAGAAAAAAAGAAACCGAAACCUGCUACAAAUAAAAAAAGAAACGGUGCAGAUAAAAAAAACCUCACAACGGGAGUUAACGACACAAAAAGAUAAAAAAGUUAAAAGACCUCACAAAAAGAUCAGAUUUAACAAAAAAUCUGAAUUGUGCAUCAGAACCUGCAGAGUGAACGUGGCCCUCGAUGUGGUCUUUGACCAGUGUUGUUUUCGUUGACGUUGAUGAAAAUAUUUCGUCAAUGAAAACAGCACUGGUUGUUUUCAUCGAUGAAAUAUUUUCGUCAACGUUCCUUUUUUUCCACGACAGAGACGUGACGUUGACAAGUUAAACAUUAGUCUUAGAUGACUAAAAUGUGACAAGACAAAUGUGCAUUUUUCAUUGAUGAGACUAAAUAAAAACGUUAGUGGUGAACAACGAACAGAGUUGCAAAAUUCAUGAGCAUUUUGUCAGUCAAACGCUAAACAUAUAUUCUGCAGUGUUGUUUUCGUCAACGCCAUCGUCAACGAAAACAACACUGUCUUUGACGAACCGACUCGAUACUGACUUGAUCUGCACGUCUCUUGUUGUCCGAUGUUUGGUUGGUCUGUUGUGGCUUUUUUUUAUUUGCAUCCUUUUAUUUUCGCAGUGAGUAACUUUUUUUCUUUUUUGUGUCGUUAACUUCCGUUGUGGCUUUUUAAAAUUUUUUAUCACCGUUUCUUUUUGUAUUUGCAGCGGACUUCGGUUUCUUCUUUUGUUGCAUCAGUAACUUCGGUUGUGACUUCUUUUUUUUUUUUUUUGGAUUCUUUUUUGUUCGCAGCCACCGUAUCAUCCGGACACUGAACUAAAACCUGUAAACCUCAGAGUGGGUUUGAUCAUUUUCAUGAUGAAUGAAUGAAUGAAGCUCUGAGACUCCUCCUCUCUAAUCCCGCCUGUUAAUCCAGUUUGCAGACUCAUUAAUUUAAAGCAUGUAGAUGUUUUUUUUGGAGCUGCAGUGAAGUCUGUCUGCAGAUAUUUACCUCUCUACAACAGCACAGAGCUGUGAAGGCAGAUGCCCACUGCAGUUCCGUUAUCUCACUCUGUACGCAGAGGUCUGUGCAUUCACCACCUCUCUCUCUCUCUCUCUCUCUCUCCCUCAGUCACUCUCUCCCGCCGUGCAGCCGAGCCUGCGACGUUCGCGGUGGAUGGAGGAGAAAAAAGCCUCUCUCUCUCUCUCUCUCUCUCUCUUUGCUUCAGGAAAACGGACUCGUUGAUUCGGAAGGGAAAUCAGUGAAGGUAGGAACCAGAAUUCUGCUUUUAUCUGAAUGUUGACCUGAUGAGAAAUCUUUGAUGUAACCUGUGAAUGAUGAGAAUGAAAGAAGAUGGAUGCAGAGAGAGCAGAGCUACACCUGCAGCACUGACUCCAGCUCGGCUCAGUCCUCUUGGUGCAACAGAAGCCCAGAUGGUGGAGGACUGAAGGGGGGCUCGGAACCACGGUCCUCUGUUCGGGGGCUGGUCUGUGUGGACUCUGCAUCUAUGGGGGAUGUGUUUGAGUGUGUGGUAGUGGUGGUGGUGGUCUACAUUUGUUGCUGCGCUCGUGUUGAAACAGAUGUGAUGAAAAUCUGCGGACACGGAUUUCAGUCUCUCCUGAAUCCUGACGGUAUUUACGCGGACGGGCUGGACGGGCAGAGUCCGGGCUGUGGACAGAUGUGUGUGUGAGAGAGAGAGAGGGGGGAUUUAGUAUCGAGGGAGGAAUCACGCAGAGGAGGAUCAAAACUGAAUGCACACGCGUGCGCUGUCUGUGCGAAUGCGCGCGCGUGUUGUUGUUGGUGCUCGUGGUUGUUGAGGGUGAAUGGGAAUGGUCCAGUACCUCCCCAACACUCACUGGGACGACGGGCGCAACACUUUACCUGCAAUAAGGGGGUCGAUGUCAGCUGUCUAUGGCGCUCCCGAGCUCGUGCGUGUGAGUCAGAGAGAGAGAGAGAGAGCAGCAACAGUGUUGGGCUGCUGACCGAUGGACCACUCCGAUUCCUUCGCCCACAGGUUUGGAGAUGAAACAGAACAGCUGAGAACAUCAGGAUGAGAAAAUGAUCAUCAUCAUCACUGCUCUGGGUUCGAUAAUCCGGACUGAGGCUCUGAUUGAGUACUGUGUGUCAAUCACGUUGGUCCGAGUGUGAGAAUCAGUGUUUCAGAACCAUGGACCCAUAAUGAGGAGGCUGUGUGUGUGUGUGUGUGUGUGUGUGUGUGUGUGUGUGUGUGUGUGUGUGUGUGUGUGUGAACAUGAUCUGAAUGUAUAAUGUAAAUCUUGACUCCAUUUCUCGUUCCCUCACAGAGCAGGAUCUUUGUUCGGUCUGUUAGAUAAUCUUUAAUGUUCGAUGUAAACCUGUUGAUAUCCGGUUCCCCUUCAGUCUACGGUUCCUGGUCACGGUCUGGUUCUGGUUUUAAAGACAUUCUCACACACUUCAGGCCUCCUGUCUCAGGUCUCUGCCCGUGUCUCUCUCUAUAUUUGUCCAUGUUAGAAACACAGAGACGUCCUCUCUGAGUGAAAUCAGGACAGACUGACGGACAAACAGCUGAGCUGGACUCAGACAUAUGUGUUUAAAGGGACAGAGUGUUUGGUAUUUGUUAGUCAGAUUUAGUCGAACAAGAUUGUGAUUGAUAUCAAUGAUGAUGUUGACAUUGAGCCCCAUGCUUGGUCUUGUUGCCGUGGUGAUGAUGAUAUAAGUAAUAUAUAAACAGUAUGUGUCUUUAAAGCCCGAUUCCUCACACCCUGUGCAUGACUUCAGCUCUGCAGGUCUCUAGAUCCUCGCUUGUGUACGUCCUCUCAGAUAUACUGAAUAUACUGUAUACUCAGAAAUACUGUAGAUAUCUACAGUAUUCUACAUUUUUUAUAGCCUCAUAAAAAAUUUCAAAAAUUGGCUGACUAAUUGGUAAUCAGAUUUUUCCCUCCUAAUAAUCGGCAUCUGCUCCAAAAAAUCCAUAUCGGUCAGGCCCUAAUCCUAACUCACUAAAAUCCACAUUAUACACAGUGUCAGUGUGUAAGGCAGCCUAAAAGAGUCAGCCAGCAGAGGGCACUCUCAUCGUAACCUGACUGUAAAGUUUCACAGCGAGGUUUUCUAGAAAGUGGAGGAUGAGUCCGACAGAAGCCGUCCUCAGCGGACAAACAUCUGAGAGGUAGUUUGGUCUCCUGGUCGUAUGUCAGGUCUGCAGAGAGCAGCUGUCUGACUCACUCAGGUGACGAAGGUCUGUGGAUCACCUGAGAGGCAGCAGAGGAGGAACUACAGUCAGAUUCUCAUUCAAAGAAGAGCUUUAAGAACUCAAUCCUCAUCCAGUCUACAGACUAAACUGAGCCUUUACAUCGACAUAAGAGCCGACCAACCGCCAUUUUUCUACAGAAGCACAGAACGGACAAACUAGUAAGACUCGUGUUUUUAAGCUCUUGUGUUUCUUCUUCUUCUCUCAUAAAAUCAUGUUCUCAAAAACAUCAAAUGACCUUAAAUCCAUCAGAACUGUGAACCCAGUUGAUCUAAAACUCUGUCCUCAUAACGACAGAGUCCAAUCGACUGGGUUUAUUGCCUCUGUAGCUUAUUUAUGGAUUGAUUGGAAUCCAAUAGAGACGUCAAGAAACCUAUUCUGGUCAAUUAAUGCUGGUCUUAAAGUGGAGAUGUGAAUGUCAAUAAUGCAGCACGGCUGAUCAAUAGUUGAUAAGUGCUCCAUCAGGAGGGGUGGGAUCCUUGUUAUGAAGUCAACUCCAGCUGACAGGGGAGACCCUCGCCAUUCAGCUCCACGUCAGGGUCCGAGCGCAGCCUCAUCAUUCAUUCGCCCCGCCCACUUCGCCCUCACACCUCCUCCUCCUCCUCCACUCCCUCCAUUCAUUGGCCCCGUGCUCCUUAUCUCCUUAAACCCAUUUCCUCCUCGUGUCGAUGGUUCCUGAUGUUGCCCUGAGUGGAAUGAUGAGCAGUCUGCGAUCAAUUGCAAUCACAGACAGCCGGUGUUCCAGGAAAUCAGCGGGACUGCAGGCCGAGGAGACCUGAAUAAUGACCACCCACCGACCCGAGCCGCUGCCUUGUUGCCAUGUAAUCUCCAGUUCAUCAGUAAACUAUUGAACUACGCUGACCAUAACUCAGGGGAUCCAUAGCGCCGCCUGUUAGCUCCGCUCUUAAGAGGUGAUGGAUGCUACCCUGAGAGAAACCUGAAGUGUAAUUUUCCUCCCAGACAUGCAAACAGAUUCUGGAGGAUUCACUCUGUGGAUGAAAUAAGAAGAAAAAAAUAACAACAGUGUCGCUGAAACACUGGAUUACCGGAGCAUCACAAAGGCAGCCAAGAAACAGGAGGAUUAAUCGCAGUCUGGGACGCAAACCUUCAAAAAUACAAUUUCAAAUAUCUUUGUAAAUACAAGGAAAACAUGAUCCGGAGGAAUAAUCCAGACAUGCUGCUGCUGCUGCACUCUGGAUCAACUCUCAUUUAGCCUGAUGGAUGACUGGAAUAACCAGACUCUCAAUCUUUGAAGGGAUUUCCAUCAACUGUCUGGGCCAAUUAAGAUCCAACGGGCCAGAACUUGAGGACGUAUUGAAUAGUUAAUAAGAGGAGCCAUUAGCGCCUUUAUACCUGUGUGACCUGGGAGCAGAGAGGCCGAGACACUUAGAGCUCCGCAGACAUAAUUAAUUCACCUUUCACUAACAGGUACGGGUCAAACACUCGCGGCUCUAAUGUGCCGGGCUGAACGCGGUCCUGUGAGGCC